ACUCAAACAGAGACCGUCUGAGUAGAGGGAUGGAUGCCAAAUAUGGACUCAAACAGAGUCUGUUUGGGUUCAUGUUUAUUGCUUAUCUUUAAAUUCAUCCAAGGCCUCAGUAUAGUUGGUUUCGCCAUUCACACCGCGCUCUGCUUCAAAGUGCAUUUGCUGGAAAUGAAUGAGAUAAGGCGAAUCCAUACCCUCUGCGCGCGCAUGACGUCGGGCAAUCGCAUUUACGAUCCCAAGCAAAGUCUGGUCAGCAGACAUAAGGCUAUUGUAUGCGAUCGUCUGGACUCGAUACACGAAAUCCGUAAAGUCCGAUUUUCCACGCUUGAUCAUUUCACCAAGUCCAUCGCGAUCGAAAUAAACAGAGUUUGCAUGAGCUCCUAUGAAUUUGAUGUAAAUUCGAGGGAUGGAUCGGAAAAGUCCUCGGAGCUUGGUCCGAGCCCAAUUGCGUCUUGCGGCGAUAAGAUGAUCAUCGGAUGCAGUGAAUCCAACAAUAUCCAAUUUGUAGAGCUUCAAAAUCGCGUAUUGUGCGUCGACAAGGAUGCGACCAUCUUCGAGCUGGACGGCGGUCAGAAACCCAAGCAGAUGGUUGAUCCGGAUGCGAUCAUUUGGGUCGAGGACGAGACGAUUGUACCGGUGUCCAUCACGAACAAAUUCAUCCCGGUAGGGAGUAGUCGGUUGACGAGGACCCGUUCGAGACACAUAUGGUACAUCUGGGAAUGGCUCGACGGUAAAAUAAGGAUUCGAUUCCUUGGUGCGAGCGGCUUCGGGUACGGGAUUCGGGACCGACUGAUCCUCUUCGACCUGCCCAGGAUUCUGAGAGGGGGGUGUAUCGUCGAAUACCAUGAUACCCUCACCUGGCAGCUGCUGACGGCGCCUGGGAGCACGCUUGCGGGGCUGCUUGUCAGUGGCUUCAGUGGGCGAGGACUGCUUCUUGGCUGCACGAGGCAUUGCGAUGGAGAUCAAAGACGGCUAACGAGCUAAGGCAGUCGAUCUAGUCGAUGAAUAUAUAGGGAUGGUCGGUCGAAGAUGGCCUGGCAGGCAGCAUGAUGCUGACGGGGCGUGGGCUCCCCGAUAGCGCGGGGUGAGUGCGAAGGGCAAAGAGCAGGAUCCCCAGCCAGAGCGGGGAAGCGACCGUGACAACUCAGUGUCUCCCGACUUUGGUCAGCGUCCCCAAGGGCGACGGUUGAAUGGCAAGUGUCUCGCCAGACGCUUGUCUGACCAAGCAAAAACUCGUAUCUCCACCAUGGGCGCUGCAGGGUGCCUGCCAGGACGAGGGCGACGGCAUGCUCCGCUGAUCACCACGGCUGCGCCACUCCGGCGGCGAUUUCGGGGGGGGGGU